AUGUCGUCGAAGAGCUCUAGAAAGCGGAGAGAUGAAGAGGAGGAUUAUGAAUCUGCCAAGAAACCCCGGAAAAAUGAGGAUUCUGAGCCAGUCGAGGAGAUUUCGAUCGAGGAAACGAAUCGGAUUCGAAUUUCGCUUGGAUUAGCGCCGCUGGAAGAAUCAUCGGGUGAUAAAGUGAAAGAAGCGGAAGAUGGAAGUGGCGAGAAGAUCUACAAUGAAGAUGGUUUCGAAUUUCGACAUCGGAUGGCUGAGAAUCUAUCGAGGAAGAAGGAGGAUUCAGCGCUUCGCGAGAAAUUAGAAGUUUCCAAGCAGAAACGCGAUGUUUAUAACAAAGUUUUGAAGGCGAAAAAAUUGGCGGAUAGUAGUGAUGAUGAGGAUAAUGAUGAUGCGAAGAAUUGGAUUGAGAAAAUGAGACAAAAAGAUGAGGAGGCUAGAAAAGCGGCGGAACGGGAAAAGGCUUUUAAUCAAUUGGAUGAUGAGUUGGGUGUGAGUAGUACGAUUUCGACGAUGAGAAAGAAGGUGAGGAACUUUUGGGAAGUAUUUUGAUACCAAAUUUGCUUAUUUUCAUGAAAUUUAGCCUUGGGGGCUGAAAAUCCAUGAUUUUUAGCUUUUUCGGCUGGAAACCUAUGAUUUUUUGUCUUGUGGGCUGAAAAUCCACGAUUUUUAGCUUUGGGGGCUGAAAAUCCAUGAUUUUUAGCCUUUUGGGCUGAAAAUCCAGGAUUUCUAGCCUUUUGUGCUGGAAAUCCAUGAUUUUUAGCCUUUUGGGCUGAAUAUCCAGGAUUUUUAGCCUUGGGGGCUGAAAAUCCAUGAUUUUUAGCAUUGGGGGCUGGAAAUCCAUGAUUUUUAGCCUUUUGGGCUGAAAAUCCAGGAUUUCUAGCCUUUUGUGCUGGAAAUCCAUGAUUUUUAGCCUUUUGGGCUGAAUAUCCAGGAUUUUUAGCCUUGGGGGCUGAAAAUCCAUGAUUUUUAGCAUUGGGGGCUGGAAAUCCAUGAUUUUUAGCAUCUUGGGCUGAAAAUCCAUGAUUUUGGCAAACAUUUCCUUAAAAAUUGAGCCAGAAAUCCAUUUAUCGAUUUUCUGGAGCUAGAAAAAUCCACGUGGCAAAUUUUUUGCUCAAAAAAUUGAUAUUCAAAUUUGACUGCGUACGUUGGCUGAGUAUCAAACGUUUUUAGCGCGAAUUUUUGAAAAUUCAAAAAUUAUCAAUUUUCGGGAGCCUUUAGAAAAUCCACGUGGCAAUUUUUUGCUCAAAAAAAGCCCAAUUUUCAGGCCCAAUUUCUAGGCCAAAACCAGGCUUAUCUAGUCUCAAAAAAUCCCGAGUUUCCGGCCUAUUUUCCAGGCCAAAACCAGGCUUAUCUAGUCUCAAAAAAACGCCCAUUUUCCAGGCCAAAACUAGGCUUAUCUAGUCUCAAAAGAUGUCCAAUUUCUAGGCCAAAACCGGGCUUAUCUAGUCUCAAAAAACGCCGAUUUUCCAGGCCAAAACCAGGCUUAUCUAGUCUCAAAAAACGCCCAUUUUCCAGACCAAAACUGGGCUUAUCUAGUCUAAAAAAACGCCGAUUUUAUUCCAGAAAAAGCCCACCAAAAACGAUUCGACAGCCGGCCUAGUUGUAGGCCAUAAUCGCGAAGAUUUCCUCGAAGACGCCCAUCGAAUUCUGGUUCUUCAAGACAAAGGAGUGUUGGAUGAUUCGGAUGAAGUUCUGGUAAAUCCAAAUUUGUUGGAAAAUGAGAUGCAUAGGAAAAAUGUGGAAUUAAGGAAGUCCAGGAAUCCCAGAGAUUUUGACGGGGAUCUGGAAAGCGGCUCGGGAAUCCUGGCUAAAUAUGACACGGAUUUGGGCCCAGAAAAAGGCCCCCGCAAGUUCCGAUUGGACCACUCGGGAAAUCUAGACUUGGCUGAAGAGAAACGCGAGUUGGAAAUGUUUGAAAAGCUGAAAAUGGCUGGAAAACGACUGGAAACUUUGGAUAAUCCGGAGAAAUACAAAUUGGCUUCGGAAUUCUACACCCAGGAUGAGAUGAUUGAGUUCAGGAAGAAUAAAAAGGGAAAGAAGGAGCGGAACUCGCGGAAAACCAAAAAAAUGCUGAAAGCCUCGGAUUUGCAACCGAUUCCGGAUGAGAGACGCGAUUUUGGAAGGAGACGCAGAGAUAGUGAGGAUGAGGUGAGGUUUUGGGGGGUUUUGAGGGAAAAUUUGGGAGAUUUCGAUGAUUUUGAGCCAAAAUUCAUGGAAUUUGAUGAAUUUUAGGCUGAAAUCCACUGAAAACAUCAAAUUUUGAUGAAUUUUGACUUAGAAAACAUGAAAAUUGGUGAAUUUUGAGCUGAAAUUCAAUGAAAACGUCAAAUUUUGAGCUAGAAUUCAUAAAAAUCGAUAAAUUUUGAGCCUGGGACCAUCUAAAGCCUAAAAUCUAUGAUUUUUGAGCUCUAGAAGGUUCUAGGAGAUUUCUAGACCUAAAAUUCAUGAAAAUUGAUUAUUUUCGAGCUAGAAUUCACUGAAAACGUCAAAUUUUAACCUAGAAUUCAUGAAAAUCAAUAAAUGUUGAGCCUGGGACCAUCUAAAGCCUGAAAUCUAUGAUUUUUGAGCUCUAGAAGGCUCUGGGAGAUUUCUAGACCUGAAAUUCAUGAAAAUCACAGAAUUUCAACCUGAAAUUCAUAAAAUUUGAAGAAUUUCAGUCCGGGAAAUGUUUCAGGUCGAUUUUAGGCCUCUUUCAAGCCCUUAAACUCAAAAAUCCGGUUUCUAGGCCAUUUUUCACCAAAAAUUUUCCAAAAAUUAAUUUUGACGUGAAUUUUUUGACGUGGAAAUUUGAAAAAUCAAAAAAAAUCAUUUUUCAAUUUGGAAAAUUCUCAAAAUUCCCAUUUUCAGCCCGAAAAACCAGCUGAAAAUGCGGAAUUCGAAGCCGAAACCGAUGGAAAAUGGAAAAAAGCGAUGCAUGGAAAUGGAGUGGAUUUGGAAAGGUUGCAAAAGCUGAAAAAGACUGUGCAGAAGGAAAGUGAUGAGGAGGAUAGUGAGGGUGAGGAUUUUUGCGGGAAAAUGCGCUGAAAUUCAAGAUUUUUGGGUGAAAAAUGAGCUGAAAUUCAAGGUUUUUGAUGAAAAAUGACCCAAAAUUACGUUAAAAUACCCUAAAAAUCAUAAAAUCGCUCCAAAAUGAUAAGAUGACCUGAAAAUUAUCAAAAAUUACUCUAAACCUUUUAAAAAUAACCUGAAGAUUAUAAAAAGGACCUAAAAAUUACCCAAAUUUUCAGCCUAAAUCUAGACUUGUUUAGGCUCUAAAGAAACCCAAUUUUUAGGCCUAAAAACUAGGCUUUUUUAGGCUCGAAAGAACUCCAAUUUUUAGGCCUAAAAAUCCCGAGUUUCAGGCCUAAAUCCAGGAUUUCUUAGGCUCUAAAGAACCCCAAUUUUUAGGUCUGAAUCUAGGCUUUCUUAGGCUUAAAAAAUCCCGAGUUUCAGGUUAAAUCUAGGCUUUCUUAGGCUCAAAAGAACCCCAACUUCCAGGCCUAAUUUUAGGCCCAUUCCAGCCCCCAAAAAUCUCCAAAUUUUCAGAUGAUUUCCCAUCCGGAGGUGUAGAUUUGACUGGAAUUGUCAUAGAUGAUGAUGCUGAAGAUGAACUUCACUCAAUUCUCUCAAAAACUCGAAAAGUACGUCAAAAUCUCGUGGAUUUUGCUGAAAAUCCCGAGGAAAAUGUUGGAAAACGUGUGCAAAAAAUGAUGGAAGAUUUCGGAAAUCUGGAAGAAAAUCAGCCGAAAAAAGAGGGAAUUUUCAUCGAUUCAACCAUGGAAUACUGUAGACAUAUUGGAGAAAUCGAUACACUUGGAUUAGGUGGAAAUCGCAAAGAAAAAGAACUUUUGGUGAAGAAAGAGAUCAAAGAAGAAGAGGAAAAAGAGGAGGAAAAUGAAAAGGAUGAUGAAGGAUUUGAGAAAUGGAAAAGAGAUAAAAUUGAUAAGGAAUUGAGGGAGAAGGAGAAGAGAAGAAGGGAGGAAAAGUGAGGUUUUUUGGGGGGUUUUUGGGGUGGAAAACGUGGAUUUUGAAGAAAAAUGAGCCAAAAUUCAGGUUUCUGGGCAUUUUUUGAGCCUAGAACCUCAAAAAACAUGAUUUUCAGACAAUUUUGACCCAAAAUUCAGGCUUCUAGGCAAUUUUUGAGCCUAGAAGUUAGAUCUUAAAACUAUUGCUCAUGUUAAACGUUUUGACCUAAAAAAAUAUGAGUUUCUGAUGAUUUUGAGCCCUGAAACUUGAUUUUUGAGCAAUUCCGACCAAAAAUUCAAGUUUCUAGGCAAAUUUUGAUCUUAGAAGCUUGAUAAUUGCUCAUUUUAUAAUUUUCGACCCGAAAACAUGAUUUUCGAAGAAAAAUAAGCAAAAAUUCAGGUUUAGAGGCAUUUUUUGACCCAAAACAUUUGUUUUAGACAUUUUCAGCCCAAAAAUUUGAAUUUUGAAGAAAAAUUAGCCAAAAUCCAGGUUUCUAAGCAUUUUUCGAGCCUAGAAACCGUUUUCCAGACUUAUUUUGAGCCUAGAAGCUUGACUUUUGGAACUAUUGCUUAUUUCAAAAAUUCUGAGCCAGAAAACAAGAUUUUUGAGCAGUUUUGAGCCCUGAAACUUGAUUUUUGGACAUUUUUGAUCCAAAAUUCUAGUUUCUGGGCAUUUUUUGAGCCUGGAACCCAUCUCUUAAUUUUUUUUGAGCCUGGAACCCAUCUCUCGCUUAAAUUAAACCCUAGAAGCUUGAUUUUUAGGUUUUGGAUGGUUUUGAGCCAAAAAAACAGAGUUUUUGAGUAGUUUUGAGCCAAAAUUCGGGUUUCUAGUGACUCUAGAAGCUUGAUUUUUGAAUUUUUUUGCUUUAAGUUUGCCACAUGUACUCUACAGUAAUCCCCUCAAAAAAUCAGAAAAUAUCAUCCAAAAAUAUCCGGGUGGAAAAUGUACGUUUCAAAAAUAUUGGAAAUAUUUUUCAAAAAGAUUUCAAAAUGAUGGAGUAGGCUGUGCAUUAUGAAAACCACAACUGUGUUAGCAAAUAACUAUUUUUUUCCUCUUGCGAAUUUUUUCAGCUGAAAGAAUAUAUAGUUACUGUAGACUUUCAGCCAAUCAGCACAAAAUUUGAGUCUGGAAUCCUCAUCUGAUAAAAUUCUUGAAAAUGAUUAGAUGAAGCGUUCCUUGACCAAAAACCCCGCUUUAAACAUGGUUCCGAACUCAAUUUUUCAGCUGAAAAUGCUGAAAAUCAUCAUUUUUGAUAAUUUCAAGUAAUUUCAGCAUUUUCAGCACAGAAUUUGGAUCUGGAAAUAUUUUUGAAGUGAAGUUUUUGGUUAAGGGGGUUAUUUUCAAGAAAUUCAUUCAGAUCAAGAUUCUAGACUCAAAUUUUACACCCUGAAAACGCUGGAAACAUUGAUUUUCAGCAAUUUAAAGUAAUUUCAGCAUUUUCAGCAAGAAGUUUGGAUCUGGAAAAGCUUGAUUUUCGAAGCAUUGCUCAUGUUAAAGGUUUUGAGCCAGAAAACAGGGGUUUUGAGUAAUUUUGAGCUCUGGAACUUGAUUUUUGAACCAUUACUCAUGUUAAACACGUUGAAUAUGAUUUUCCAAUUUUUGCGCCAAAAAACCAUGAUUUUCAGCCUAAAAUGCAUUUUUUUAAGCAUUGCUCCUAUUAAACGUAGAAAACCGAGUUUUUUAUCAAAAAUUCCCAAAUUUACACCCAUUGCUCAUAUUAAACGUAGAAAAUCGUGUUUUGUAUCAAAAAUUCCCAAAUUUUCACCCAUUGCUCCUAUUAAACGUAGAAAAUCGAGUUUUAUAUCAAAAAUUCUCAAAUUUUCACCCUUUGCUCAAAUUAAACGUAGAAAAUCGAGUUUUGUAUCAAAAAUCACCGAAUUUUCACCCAUUGCUCAUAUUAAACGUAGAAAAUCGAGUUUUAUAUAAAAAAUUCUCAAAUUUUCACCCAUUGCUCAUAUUAAACGUAGAAAAUCGAGUUUUGUAUCAAAAAUCACCGAAUUUUCACCCAUUGCUCAUAUUAAACGUAGAAAAUCGAGUUUUAUAUCAAAAAUUCCCAAAUUUUCACGCAUUGCUCAUAUUAAACUCCAAAUUUUUGCAGAGGCGGUUGGCUUGCAGCUGGAAAACCGGUCCAAAGUACCUCAACUUCACAAUUGGACAGCGAUGAUGAAGAAGCAAUUGAAGAAGCGAAAAAAAGGAAAUGGAAUGAAGAAGAAGAGGAUUCAGAAGAGGAUUCAGAAGAAAAAGAGGAUUAUCAACCAGCAUUGGGAAAAGAAGCGGAUGUUUCGAAAGGUGUUGGAGCUAUGUUGAAAUUGGCGGCACAAAAAGGAUAUUUGACGGAUCCGAAUUCGAAAUCUUAUAAAGGACCCAGUUUGGAGCAUUUGAAAAAUCAUGCGAAAACACAGAUUGAUGGAGGAAGAUUGUGAGUGGUUUUGGGGUUUUUUUCAGCCUGGGAGCUUGAAUUUGAGCCAAAAAUUGAGAUUUUUGAGCUAUUUUGAACCUAGAAGCAUGAAAUUUUAGAUUUUUGAGCCCUGGAGCUUGUUUUCAACCAAAAUUUGAGAUUUUUGAGCCCUGGAGCUUGUUUUCAACCAAAAUUUGAGAUUUUUGAGCUCUGGAGCUUGUUUUCAACUUAAAUUUGAGAUUUUUUGAGCCCUGGAGCUUGUUUUGAGAUAAAAUUCGGGAUUUUUUGAGCCCCGGAGCAAAAAUCUGAGCCAAAAUUUGAGAUUUUUGAGCCUGGGAGCUUGUUUUGAGCAAAAAAUCUAGAAUUUUCCCCCAAAAAUGCUUCCGGACUUGAAAUUUAUCAAAAAAUGCUCCAAAAAUCACAAAAUUUCGAAUUUCAGGUUUUUUCACGGCCUGAAAAACCCUCUGGUUCAAAUUUUACAAAAAUUCAAGUUUCCGGGCUCAAAAUGCUCCAAAAAUCUGAAAAUUUCAGAAUUUUUGGCUUUCAAAGAGCCUGGAAAGCCUUUUGGUUCAAAUUUUACAAAAAGUCAAGUUUCUGGGCUCAAAAUGCUCCAAAUUUUACCAUUUUUCCUGAAUUUCACCCCAAAUCCCAUUUUUUCAGCGACAUCGAAGAUAAAUACAUGAAAAAGCUCGAUCGACUUGGCACAACUUCAUCGUCACGCGGUCCAAUUCAAGCAUUUCCCGAAAAAUUGGACUAUCAUCCAGAUGUCAAUAUUAGUUAUGUGGAUAAAAAAGGCCGUGAAAUGGAUGCAAAAGAUGCGUAUAGAGAGUUGUCCUAUAAAUUUCAUGGAAGAAAUCCGGGCAAAAAACAACUGGAAAAACGAGCGAAUCGAAAGGAUAAAGAGGAACGAAUGCUUAAGGUGAGAUUUGGAGCAUUUUGAGCCAAAAUUUGAGAGAUUUGGAGCAUUUUGAGCCCGGAAACAUGAAUUUUCGUGAAAUUUGAACCUCAGGGCUUUCCAGGCUCUCUGAAAGCCCAAAAUUCUGAAAAUUUCAGAUUUUUGGAGCAUUUUGAGCCCGGAAACUUGGAUUUUUGUGAAAUUUAAACCAGGAGGCUUUCAAGGCUAUUUGAAAGCCUAGAAAUCUGAAAAUUUCAGAUUUUUAGAGCAUUUUAAGCCCGGAAACUUGGAUUUUCGUGAUAAUUGGGCUUUUCGGCUUUUUUUGGGCCAUUAAAAAGCUCAAAAAUCUCAAUUUUGACCAAAUUUUCAGCCAAAAAUCAAAAUUUCUCUGAAAUUCAGGAUUUUCAGCCAAAAAAUCACCAAAAUUUCCAGACAAAUAGCUACGACACUCCGCUCGGAACACUCAGCAAACAAUUGAAAAAACAAAAACAACUUUCGACACCGUAUUUGGUCUUGAGUGGAUCCAAUGAUCAGUGAGUUUUGUUUUUGGCGCGAAAUUUGAAAAUUCAAAAAAUUAUUGAUUUUUUUUGCAGCUUGAGCCUCAAAAAGGAGUAA